ACCUCGACUCUUCGCGGAAGCUGUCGGUGCCGAUAUGAUGGCUGCUUCGUCAGUUUAGCGGCAGGAAGAGGAUGUCUGUUUUAAAUGAAGGAAGAAUAACACCCGAAUAUCAGACAUUUCAUUAACCGGGUAGGCCGGCGUAGAGGGUUUGUGUUGAGCCAGCAGGGAUUUUGGGGUCGCUCGUUUCCUGUUCAAGAGGCGGCCCGAAAACGGACGCCGGAUAGAAAAAAUGUCCCUGUUCCAGUCGGCACUGGAUUUCCUAGCCGGGCCCGGCUCGUCCGGAGGGGCCGGCCGGGACCAGAAUGACUUCGUCGGACAAGUGGUUGAGCUCGGCGACAUGAAGCUGAGGAUAAAACGGGUGAUCGCUGAAGGUGGAUUUGCUUUUGUAUAUGAAGCCCAGGACAUGAGCAGUGGGAAAGACUAUGCCCUCAAGAGGCUGCUGUCCAAUGAGGAGGAGAAGAACAAGGAAAUUAUACAGGAAGUCUGCUUCAUGAAAAAGCUAUCGGGUCAUCCAAACAUGGUUCAGUUCUGCUCGGCCGCGUCGAUCAGUAAGGAGGAGUCGGACACCGGGCAGGCAGAGUUCUUGAUCCUCACCGAGUUGUGUAAAGGUCAGCUGGUGGACUUUAUAAAGCGCGUGGAGCAAAGGGCUCCCAUGUCAUGUGACACUGUGCUGAAGAUCUUCUACCAGGCGUGCCGUGCUGUGCAGCACAUGCACAAACAGAAGCCUCCAGUCAUCCACAGAGACCUGAAGAUCGAGAACCUCUUGAUUAGUAACCAGGGCACCAUCAAGCUGUGUGACUUUGGCAGCGCCACCACAGUGUCACAUUAUCCCGACUACAGCUGGUCUGCGCAGAAGAGGUCCAUGGUGGAGGAUGAGAUUACAAGAAACACCACUCCAGCAUACAGAACACCGGAGAUGAUUGAUCUGUACUCGAACUUUCCAAUCAACGAGAAACAAGAUAUCUGGGCUCUCGGAUGCAUCCUCUACCUGUUGUGUUUUAAGCAGCAUCCAUUUGAGGACGGAGCUAAACUGCAGAUCGUCAAUGGAAAAUACUCCAUCCCUCAGAACGAUGUCAAAUACACAGUGUUUCAAGACCUUAUACGUUCCAUGUUGAAGGUGAACCCUGAUGAGAGGCUUUCUAUCACAGAGUUGGUCAACCAGCUGCAGGAGAUCGCAGCUGCUCGCAACGUCAACCCCAAGUCCCCAGUAACAGAACUGCUGGAGCAGAAUGGAGGAUUCGGGAACAACGGAGUGCAGCCGCCCAUGCAGAUCCAGAGUGUGCAUAACAAUGCAGGAGUGUAUGAUCCUGACCAAGCAGGAAGUGGCUUCCUGGAUCUCUUGAAGGGAGGAACAGAACGCAUCCUGACCAACAUUAAAGAUACAUCUUCUAAAGUCAUUCAAUCAGUAGCCAACAACCCGAGCUACGCCAAAGGAGACCUGGAUAUUUCCUACAUCACCUCCAGAAUAGCAGUGAUGUCUUUCCCAGCAGAAGGGGUGGAGUCCGCAAUAAAGAACAACAUCGAGGACGUCCGUCUGUUCCUGGACUCCCGUCACGCCGGCCACUACGCCGUGUACAACCUCUCCAGACGAUCCUACCGGCCUUCUCGAUUCCACAACAGGGUUUCAGAGUGCAACUGGCAGGUGCGCCGCGCCCCCAACCUCCGCAGCCUCUACAGCGUGUGCAAGAACAUGCAUCUGUGGCUCAAACAGGACCAGAGGAACAUCUGUAUAGUGCACUGUCUGGACGGCCGAGCCGCAUCAGCAGUGGCAGUUUGCUCUUUCUUGUGUUUCUGUCGCCUUUUCACCACAGCUGAGGCCGCCGUCUACAUGUUCUCGAUGAAACGCUGCCCGCCAGGCAUUUCCCCUUCACACAAGAGGUACAUAGAGUACAUGUGCGACAUGAUGGCAGAGGAGCCGAUUAUCCCUCAUAGCAAGCCCGUAAUCAUUCACUCCAUCGUCAUGACACCGGUGCCGCUGUUCAACAAGCAGCGCAAUGGGUGCAGGCCGUUCUGCGAAGUCUAUGUGGGAGACGAGAGGGUCCUCACCACCUCGCAGGAGUAUGACAGGAUGAAGGAUUUCAGGACAGAAGAUGGCAGAGCAGUGAUUCCCCUCAACGUCACAGUUCAAGGAGACGUACUUGUGGUGAUCUAUCAUGCUAGGUCUACGCUGGGUGGCCGUCUGCAGGCAAAGAUGGCUUCAAUGAAAAUGUUUCAGAUCCAGUUUCACACCGGCUUUAUCCCACGAAACGCAACCACUGUCAAGUUUGCAAAGUAUGAUUUGGACGCCUGUGACAUCCAGGAGAAGUACCCAGACUUGUUCCAGGUUAAUUUGGACAUCGAGGUGGAACCCAGAGACAGACCCUGCACCAAGAACCCUCCGUGGGAGGGCUUCCAAACCAAGGGCCUUAACCCCAAAAUACUCUUCUCGUCUCGUGAUGAGCAGCAAGAAAUCCUGAGCAAAUUUGGUAAACCCGAGCUGCCUCGUCAGCCUGGCUCCUCUGCAUUUUAUGAGUCGGAGUCGCCUCCACCAGCUCAGACACCGGAUGGCGCCAACGCAACCGAAUCAGAAUCUCCUGUCAGCAGCGACGCCAACCCCAGCAACUUCUUCCAGACACUAGAUUGGGAAGAUACUCACGGUCCUCUGGAUGCUACCGACAGCAUAGGGGGAGGAUCCAUGAACGAUCUGGACGACCUGAGCGAACAGUCAGAGGGCGAGUCUUACUCUGCUCCUAGUGGGGAAGCUUCGUCACACGACCACAGUGAGCAACUGUUCGACGCUGAUUUUCAGACGCCCCCUCCUGCAGCCCAGGAGUCUGCUCGCAGCGACACAGCUGACCUCCUGGGGUUGAAUGCGGACCCUGAACCGGCAGCCAUGUCUUCAGUCUCCUCUGGUGCGUCUAAUCAAGCGGGCCAGGGAGGGAUGAAAGCUGCCUCCAGCAACAGCGAUCUCCUCAACGACCUGUUUGCACCCCCUGCUGGUCAGACGGUAGCAGUGCAGGAAGAUCUUUUUUUCAGCGAGCCGACCAGAGGGGCCACGCCUGACGCAAAACCCUUGGGUGAUCUGUUCGAUCCGUUCGGGAUGGGGUCCGGCUCCGGUGUUGGAUCCAGCGUCAGCUCCUCUCGCCAGGCCUCCGGGCCUGACCUGUUUGGAGACUUGCUGGGCUCUGAUAGUUCAGCGACCAGUGGGUUCAGCUCGGCUCACAGCACCACCACGCCUGCAUCCAACACCAGCCUCUUCAACCUCAAUAAGAUAGCGAAAGACGGCCCUAAGAUGACGUCCUCAGCCAGCCAGCCGGACCUGCUCGGCGGGUGGGACAGCUGGGCUCCUCGUACCGCGGCUGGCAUCAGUACCAACACCAACAAACCCAGCGGUCCCAACACGGCCACAGGUGUGUCGUCCAUGUCGAAGGCCAAAUCUCAGACCUUUGAUCCUUUUGCAGACCUUGGAGCCCUGGGCUCCAAUUUACCUGGCUCUACAAGCAGUAACUUUUCAGGGACUUCAUUUAGCACAAAGACUCCUUCCUCCGCCCCUUCCUCUGCGAAGCCUCAAGCCCAGGCCUGGCCGUCUGGAAGAACCGCCCCAGCUCAGACCAAACCUUGGAUGUCUGGACCCGGAUCAACGCCUAAAGGACCUGCAGCAUCUCAGCCUGCAGCCGCACAGUCCUCUAAACCCAACUACAAUCUCAAUUUCACUAGCGUCAUCGGUGGGAGGGAGGAGAGAGGAGUCCGCGGGCCGGGAUUUGGCCCCAAACCAAAGGUGAAGGAGGACGAUUUUGAGGAGCUCCUGUCCACUCAGGGUUUUGCAUCCAAGCCUGAUAGAAGGGGACCAAGGACCAUCGCUGAAAUGAGGAAACAAGAGAUUUCAAAAGACAUGGAUCCUCUUAAGCUACAGAUUUUGGAGUGGAUCGAGGGGAAGGAGCGAAACAUCAGAGCACUGCUUUCGACUCUGCACACAGUAUUGUGGGAGGGGGAAACCCGCUGGAAGCCUGUGGGCAUGGCUGACCUUGUGACACCUGACCAGGUCAAGAAAUACUACAGGAAGGCCGUGUUAGUCGUCCAUCCAGAUAAGGCUACGGGUCAGCCUUACGAACAGUACGCCAAGAUGAUCUUCAUGGAACUGAACGACGCCUGGUCAGAGUUUGAAAACCAGGGAUCCAAAGCCCUCUUCUAAAAAAAAACCCGGCCUGGACCGCUACCAAACCAGACCAGACCGCACUGGGCUGGAUUUGGCCCAACCAAACCGAGGGGGUUUGACUGGGCCAGAUUGGACAGGGCCGAGCCCACAUUGGGCCACACAGGGUGCCGCGCCUCUGAGAGGUGUCCUCUCUACAAUUCCCUUUCUUCCUGCUUUACUUUCUUGUGUUUCUACGAUUACAGGAAAAGACCUUCUUGCCUCACGUUUCGCUUUAAUUAAAAGGAAAAGAUCCGAUUCUUGUUCUUACAGAGGGUUUAAUAAAUAUUGAAAGGGUUUUUAAACUUACUGCCUACCUGUGUGACUGCCUGAGUGGUGCUGCGAACCUAAGGAGGGAGGAAUACCUAGCAGCUGGGUUAAAAUCGAAAAAAGAUUUGAUUUGUGGGAUUAACACUGGAAAAAAAAAAAAAAGAUGAUGACCCGUUUUGAUUUAUUGGUGAUCUAAAUUUUCAUUUGUGCUUUGCAUGUUUGCAGGCAGUCUUGCGGUCGCAAAUAAACGUGAUCUAGGCUGUAAACCGUUCCAGCAUGGCAGCCAACUGUGAGAAACAUCGUUUGUGGUGUUUAAGACUCGCUGCCUCGGGUGAAGCAAACUUUGCCAAACGCAGAAAUCGAUCGAGAGAGAAAAAAAAAAAAAAAAGUCUUUACGAAAACCUUAAACGAAUACAUUCUGCUCCGUUUUGGGUCCCGUCUUGAGUUUUCCUGAGCCAGAAAGCCAAGACCGUUUACCUGCUGAACACUACGUGUGCUGCUUUAUACCUGAUACUGCUGCAGCCGAUUGAAGUUUGAAAAAAAAAAAAUAAAAAUGCGCAGCCCUCAGACCUUGUUGGGGAGCUCCUGCGUAAAUCCAGUCAGGCAGUCCGUUUUCAUUUGAAGUGCUCUUUGACUUCCACCUUUUCAGUGUACACUGUGUAGCAAACUGCAUGCUCGCCUACACCAAAACCUCUAAAGAACAACAACAGCUGGAGGAGUUUGACUCCAAACCAGGGACGUUUGUCCGGGCAGUUCUCUUUUAUUGAAGUGCUCUUUUUUUUCUUGUAGCAAGAACAGGAAAGAUGCCGCAAGCGUGAGAGAAACCUGGUGGCAGACCUCUCAGUCCUUCAUCAUCAUCGUCAUUAUUCAUGUCAUUAUGAGCAAAGAGCUUUUUGUCCUUUUUAAGCUCAACCCACCUUUAGCACACAGUUUACAGAAAAGUGAAGGAUUGACAGGAAAAUGUAAUGGUCUGUUCUGGUUUCAUCUUGGUUUCAUGAGGUGGGGGAGUUUGUUUUCUCACUCUUUGUAUUAAACUGUUUAUGGGUUAAAAUAUCACUUCUAUGUAAAUAUAAGAAUAUUAUCAUCCAUCAAGUGGCUUUGUAAAGAUUCCAGCGUAAGGGUUUAUUUUGUUAUAAAGCCUCUGGCUGGACGGCGUGAAUGUUUUAGUGUGCGUGCUGACAAAUAAUGCAGCUUUAUCGGGCUCCACGCUCUAUCGCUGAUUUAUAGAUUUUCUUUUUUUUUUUUUUUGUAUCAAAUCUUUCCAACACUUCUUCCAUUCACAUUUUACCUCAUGAAAUAAAAAUCAGAUCUCUUUUUCUUCUUAUUUAUUAUUGCGUUCUAUGAAAGCGUUUUUGGGGAAGAUGACGUAUUCAUACAGAUUAAUAGGACAAGUGUAAAAACCCCGCGUCUAUAAGCGGAAGGCUUGGAUCACAAAUGGGACAGUUGUUCGUUAAUCACAGAGAGCUGGCGCUGUUUUCAUUCCAAAGCAUCACGUGUUUAAUACGAAUGUGCUUUUAUAAAUGUACAUCCUGUCUGUUGUUUCUCUGGAUCUAUAACUCUAUCCUUUUGGGUAUUCUUUCCAUUUCUGUCACAAAUUAAAUCCCCCCCCCCCCCCCCUUUAAAUUGAGAGUUGAAAGUGUUGCUUCUGUUUUUGUUUCUGAUGUUUUGUAAAGGAUGAAAGAAAAUCCCCACAGAAGGGACCAGUAAACCUAAAUAAAAUAAAAAAAACUGAUGCUAGAAACUCAGUUUUUUUUUUUUUUUUUUUUUUGUUCGACAGUCUGACAAUAUAAAGCUGAAGAAUGGCAAAAAAAAAAAACACUCAUCGACAGUGUUCACUGUACCAAUUACAUCAUGCUAAUAUGAAUGUAAAUUUAAAUGUAAAAAGUAAUUAAAAUAAAUCUUUUGAUCUGGGA